CUGCGCAUCAAGUCGCUCCACAUCCACCCGAUCAAGUCGUGCGCCGGCAGCUCCGUGCCUUCAGCGACGAUCCAGCGCGCCGGCCUCGCCUUCGACCGCACCUGGCUCAUCAUCGAUGCCGCCACGCGCGCCUUCUGUACGGCGCGCGGCUCGCCGCACAUGGUGCGCAUCCGGCCCGUGCUCGAUCACGAGGCGGGCCUGCUGCGCAUCUACGUGCCCAAUUCGGCAGAUGAGCCGGCAUCGGGAGAGACGGAGGUGGUGGUGCCGCUGACGCCGUCGGAUGAGGAGCUGCGGCAGUGCGAGCUGGUGGAGGACGUGGAGAUCUGGGGGUACAAGGCAGACGGGUACGCGGUGUCGAAGGAGGCAGACGAGGCGCUCUCUGCGUUCAUGGGCAAGCCCGUGCGGCUCCUGCGAAAGGGCCCGAAGCACCGCCCGGGAGGCGGCGACGAUCCGCGCGGCGACGAGUCCGAGACGGCGUUCCAGGACUUCCACAGCCUCACGGUGGUGUCUGCCGAGUCGCUGGCGCAGGUGCAGGAGACGCUGCUCGCGAGCGUCUACCCUGAGCAGGACAGCGCCAAGGCGCUGGAGGCGUAUCCUGUCUCCGAGCGGGUAGACCGAGACUUCUGGACGCCGGACCGCCUGCGCUCCCUGGCCAUCGAGCGCUUCCGCAUCAACAUCGUGCUCGAGACGCUGCCGAGCUCGUCGCGCCCGGCACUGCAGGCGUGGGAGGAGGACUGCUUUACGCAUCUCGAGGUGUUCCCGGCAGACGCUGCCGAUGAUGUGGACUUUGGCGCCGAGGUCAAGGGCCAGGGAGUGGGCAUUGACUGCAACGCGCGCUGCGCUCGCUGCCUGGUGCCUACCGUGGACCCCGAGACAGGCAAGCGCGAUAAGGCACAGAUGCCCUACUCGCUGCUGCAAAAGUACCGCCAAGUGCAGCCGGAGAUGCAGAAGAUCGGCAAGCCGUGCUUUGGCAUGCUCAGCUCGCCAAGUCAGGAGAGCGGCGCGCUGCACGUCGGUGAUGUGGUGCGCGUCACGGCCACGAGAGAUCCGGCGACACGGCCGCUGACGAAGUGA